AUGGUCAUUAUGACCACGCACGUGGGCACCCCGGUGUCGGAUUCGUUCCUCGCUAACCCGCAGAUGUGGAUGAACAUGAACGGUCUUGUUGGCAACGGCGUCCAGACCUGGGGCUUCAUCGAGGUCGCCAAGCUCGGGUUCUGGGUACGAUGCAGGCGGGGGAUUACUCUUUCGGAGUUCCAUUACCAAUGGGAGGCAGCCACUAGCCUCCUGGAGGCGACGAAGGGGCUUAGGCUUGCCAAGGUCUGA